GCAAUGGGCAAGGUAAUGGAAAAUGUGACAUUUGUGAUUUGGCUGGGUGUGUUGAGUUGUGGCUUUUAGAAAUACUUUUUAACUGUUUUCAGUAUUUAUUAAAACACUAUUUAACUGUUCGCCAUGAGCAACUUAGAAGAAAAUGGAAAAAACCCGCCGAUAAGUGACUUGAACGGAAGCGUAAACAGUGAAAAACCACGAAAAGAUUGGGUGAAAUUUGAAGAAGAUUCUCCUCUAUCUACGGUGCCUCUGUCGGAGAUAUCACCACAAGCGGCUGCUGCUGUCGUUCCCAGCACAUCCGAGUCCACGAGUUCGGCACAUCCAGCAGUUUUGAAGACUGAAUCGGUGCAUGUAAACUUGGAGCGCGGGGACAAAUCUGUGGAUGUCGCGCCUCAACCAACUUUAACUAAAAAUGUUGAAUUUGUUAACAUUCGUACGGGUUUUUCAAAUGGGGACAUCAUAGUAACUAUACUUCCAUCAAAUACCAAGUGGCCAUGGGUUACAGCGGCGCGCUUCAGACCUGAAUUAGUUCCUGAAGAACUCAUGGCUCAAGGACUCACUCUGACUGUUGAAGAAUAUGUCCACGCCAUGGAAUUACUUGUAAAUGAUGCCCGCUUCACUCUGUACAAUAUCUGUUACAAGCGUGUUCUUGUUUGUUGGAUAACACUUGCAUUUCUAGUGCUCCUAGCUCUACUCUUUUCUGGAUUGACAGGUCUCUUACUCUUUUCCCUCGGUGUCAUGUGGCUAGUACUUAAUGCUGCUGCUAUAUUCCUUUGUAUGUGGAUAAAAUUAACUCUUUCAAAGGGCCUGGAGCAAUGUCUGGCAAGUGUGAAUAAGUUGCUAAAUAAACAUAAAUUGAUAUUGGCCUUGGAUGAUCGAGGAAAGAUAUCUUGCCAUAAAGUUAAUCUUUGUUUCAUUUAUUUUGAUUCUGGCCCAUGUGUGGCCCAUAUUCAGCAGUUUAUUGAGAGUGAAGAGGGCAAAACUAUAAUGCAAGGCUGGGAACAAAGACUUGAUGUGUCGGCAAAUGAUAUAGUCAUUCAAGGAAGUCAGUCAACUAGAUUGUCUCGGAAACAGGAAAGAGGCGCGCUUCUCUAUUUGCGGUACGUGGGGCGAUGGGGCGCCAUGGCUGUCAAAAACAGACUUAAUCUCAGCAGCACCGUGCCAGGCCGCCAUGGUGAGCAAUACGUCUGCCCUUGCCAAUUCAUAGAGGAGCACCUUAAAUGCAAGCCACCAGCUGGCAUUGCUAAGUUUUUCAUGUUACCGAAUCAGAAUGUUCAACUGUUUUAAAAGUGUUGUUGUAUUAUUGAAUCCGUCCAAUAUGUGUUGUAUAUAACAUAUCACAUAGGUUAAGAAAACGUUUAUGAAUAUAAUUGUUAUAGGUAUCAAUAAGUUAUUAUGUGCCCUUAUAUAUUUAAUAUAUUUAUUGACCCGAUGUGUUGAACGUCCGUAACGAUUUGCAUUUCAGCUUUAACGGCUUGUAUGUUAAACAUAUAACAUAUAUAAUUGUUAUUAUUUAGGGACAGAUUUUGAAAUUUUUGGACAGUAUUAUCUGAGACACGUCAUUAAUAAUGAGGAAUAAUAAUAAUCUUUAUGAAAAUAUGUAUUGCUCCUCUGCUAUGAGCAAGACUCGGAAAAACGCCCGUCAUUUUGAAUUAUAACUAAUUAUGAAUGUAAUUAGGAUCCAUUUACGAAUCGAAAAUAUUCGUUUAGUCUACGGACGUCACUGGGGCAUAUUUAAUCGUUCACAUUGGUAAUGGAAGUCUCUUUUGUACGGAACAGAGUUAUGUUUUCAAAAUGACGUUUUUCCGAGUCUUAUUCAUGAGGUAUCUUUAGGUACUGCAAGGUUUCAGUUCCAUAACUGUGGCCCUAGUGAAAAAGGGUACAAGUCUCACGCAGCUUAGGAGUUUGGGCACAGGUGUUACUUGGAACUUAUACCCAUUUACAACCGCGUUGCCCGAGACAUGUACCUGUUUUCACUAGGGACACUAAUUAUAUUUUGUAAAGAAUUUGACCUCGCUUACAUAUUGCAUCCAGUGAUUAUCUUUACCGUGUGAUAGAGAACCCGCUGUUCACUUUUUCAAUGAGUAUAGUUUCAUACUUUAUUUAUUGCAAAAUAUAUAACUUAUUUAUACUAACCCAAGGGGGUUAGUAUAUAAGUUAUAUAUUUUAUUCAUAAACGUUUACUAAAAUUUACAAGCCGAUAAUAAUCGUUUGUCCCCUUCCGGCGUAUUAGUAUGAUGGAAAGGGAUAAAUGAUUAUUAUCGGCUUGUCAACUUUAGUAAACGUUUAUGAAUAAGGGGUGUAAGAUUAUUCAUAUACUUGCUAUUGGUAAGUAAGGUUUACUCGGGUAAUUCCGAAUGUCGAAAACUGUCGGAUAAUUCCGAAAAGAGACUUUUAUUAUGAUGGAAUUAAAGGUGAUUUUCAUCUGAAUUUCGGAAUUAUCCGACAUUCGGUAUUACCCGAAUACACCUUACAUAUUUUAUUCCGGUGUUCAAACUGUCCCACCAAAUGUAAAAUCGCACAAGAUAACAUGACUAUUAUAAAUAGAUCUCUAAGCUAAAAACUUAAAUGUUUCCAACAAAUUGCAAUAUGUACCUACCUGUUAAAACCAUGAAUAAUCUCUUUAUUCUAUGAUUUGUUAACCCUGAAAAUAGUAAAAUGUACCUAAGUAUAUGAAAUGUACGUAAUCCAGAAUUUGUUCGCCGCUUUCACUAAGAAGUGGAGACGACUAAAAAACCUAUAAUCGUAUUAAUACGUAAUUAAUAAAGAAAUCUUGUAAAUACUAAUAGGUUUGGUAUCGAAUAUUUAUGCAUUUGUGGCCAUAAUUAUCUAAAAGCCAUUGUAUAUAAUAUAAUGUUUAACUUCAUUAAGGAAAAGCCGUUCCACUCUAGGUGAAAUAGUGUAAGAUAUACCCCAUAUUAUGUAUUUAACUCUUUUGAAUAAUAUCAUCAGAGAUAAUUUGAUAUUCAGCAAAACAUUGGUGGCAAGUACGUUUUUUAACGCAUGGAUAUGCAUUAAUUAUUUCUUCUUAGUUAUCUAAUGUCGUAUAAGUAUUUUGUUAUUUAUGGUAUUUUUAUCGGUAUUAUUAUUUUAUAAACUCUGAUGUGGUAGAUUAAGUUGUGAGAUUGAACAUAAAUUACAUAUAGGGGUAAUAAUUUUGGAACCCCGUCAACAGGUAAAAAAUACGUUUUUGCGAUAACGGGAGUGGUUAUUCACUCAUUUUCAUUAUCCGUGUACACUUAUAGAUUAGACUAUUAGUCUGGAUUAAUGGUUAGGUACGAGUAUUGUAAUAUACACUCCUACACACUUUUGAUGAGUGUACCUAUACAAAAAAAUAUAUAUCUGUAAUCUCAAAAAAAAAUUGGGUCCGUAGUUAAAGAGUGCCAACCCUACGCUGUAUGACCUACCUGUACUGUAAUUAACCCGGGCUAUAUUUUGCUUGUGAUGUGUUAGGGUCAGGGCAAUUAUGGCUGCGUUACUUUCUCUUGAUAUAAAAAGACGUAACAUGAAAAUUUCGGAGCAAUAGUUUGUCAAAGGACUGUCUCAUUUCAAACAUAGACAGAGAGAAACAUAACAUAUUUGUCUUACCCUAGUACUAGCACCCAAAAGAAAAGGGUGAGUAUAGUUUUCGUGGUUCUUACUGACUGACAAAUUGGUUUGACCAACUAUAUUUUUUUUCUUAAUGGUAUGAAGGUAGGUACGGCAACCUCUAUUUGGUGUGAUCCAACACGUACUUGGAAGACUUUUUGAAUUAACUAUAAGUACACAGUAAAACUCGAUUUAUUUAUUACAAAAAAUGUUUUUUAUUAUUUUUUUUCGACUGAAUUUAGAUCACAAUCUAAUGCAGCUAGUCAGUGAAUUUUUUUCUCUUAAAAUAUUAGCCAAAGCUCAUAAAUGUUGUUUUAAAAUUUUAGCUAAGGAAAAAGUUAAUAUAUUUUGAGCGGGAUUGUUUUUUAAAACAUAAAUACUUUACACAAUUAUUCACGAUGAAUAAAAUAUAAUUAUUGUUAAAAUAUAUACCUACAAUAUGUGUUACCUAUACUAAUAACAAGGUGUUUGUAUAAGAAUGUAAUAACUAAUAAAUACUAUGUAUCUUCAUAUAAAUAAAAUACAAUUUAUAUUAUGUCUGUAAAUUAUUACAUUACUGUAGUAGCAAUAAGUAAUACAUACAAUAUAUGUUUGGUGGCAAAAUUGUUAGUUGUGGAACAUUAUGUUUAAAAUUGCAGAGUUAAAUUUAAUGAUGUAAUAUGUAAUAUUUGAGUACAGUAAGCUGCAGUUAUAUAAAUUCGUUUGCAGGGGGUCAGUUAUCUCUGGAGGUUACUGUACAUUGUAGUUUUCUUCUUAGCUCCAGCGUGAAAGUGAUGUUAUUGUCUAUAUUAAUGUAAUAUAAAAAUGUCUGCUCAUAUUUAGUAUGUAAAUGGAUGUUUGAAUACGUCUUAAUACAUUCCGUCCAAAUUUGUUGAAGUACUUAAAAUAUUAGAACUAAGCAAUAAAAUUCCUUAUACACCUAUUUUUAUGUAACUUUUAAAGAAAUACAUAUUACUUUUUACUAUUUAA